GAGCGCAGACUCCGCCCCCUGUGCGCAUGCUCUGGCCCCCUGCGGGUUAUAAGGCAGCCGCGCCGGCUUGGCCCGACAAAGUGUCUGCGACGUGACUAGCAGACCGCGUGGGUGCCGGAGAGAGCGAACCAAGCAGCCGGCGAGAGACGUGACCUGGACUCAGGGCCCAGCGGAACUGUAGACUGCGCCGCCGCGUCACACACAGUCAGCGCCGCGAGCAGCCCAUAUAACGGAUUGAACUUCAAGUUGAAUUAUAAAGAGAAAUAUUUUUAUUGAAGGUUGUGCUUGUAGUUUGCAAAUCAGAUUUAAAAAUAUAGAUAGUUGGACCUCUGGAAACCAGGAUUCUCCCAGUGGAGCUUUCUGUUCCAUAGUGGCAACACCAGAACUUCUCAAGGAGCUCUUGAGCAAGUUCCAUCCUUCUAAGAAACAGGAGCAAUCUGAAUAAUAUUUGGAUUUGAACUGCAUUUUGGAAUCCAUCUUUGCUUACAAUGCCACCAGCAAUUGGAGGUCCAGUUGGAUACACCCCCCCAGAUGGAGGCUGGGGUUGGGCAGUGGUAGUUGGAGCUUUCAUUUCCAUUGGCUUCUCCUAUGCAUUUCCCAAAUCUAUCACUGUGUUCUUCAAAGAAAUUGAAGUUAUAUUCAGUGCCACCACCAGUGAAGUAUCAUGGAUAUCCUCCAUCAUGUUAGCUGUCAUGUAUGGUGGAGGCCCUAUCAGCAGUAUCCUUGUGAAUAAAUAUGGCAGUCGUCCAAUCAUGAUCGCUGGUGGCUGCUUGUCAGGCUGUGGCUUGAUUGCAGCCUCUUUUUGUAACACUGUACAGGAACUUUACUUAUGUGUUGGAGUCAUUGGAGGCCUUGGGCUUGCCUUCAAUUUGAAUCCAGCUCUGACCAUGAUUGGCAAGUAUUUCUACAAGAGGCGACCACUGGCAAACGGACUGGCCAUGGCAGGCAGCCCUGUCUUCCUCUCUACCCUGGCUCCCCUAAACCAGGCUUUCUUUGGUAUCUUUGGCUGGAGAGGAAGCUUCUUAAUUCUUGGGGGCUUACUACUAAACUGCUGUGUAGCUGGAUCCCUGAUGCGACCAAUAGGGCCCAAACCAACCAAAGCAGGAAAAAACAGGUCUAAAGGAUCCCUUCAGGAAGCUGGAAAAGGUGAUGCAAGAAACAGUGCAGGUGAUGCAACUACAGAUCUUAUUGGAGGAAACCCCAAAGAGGAGAAACAAUCAGUCUUCCAAACAAUUAACAAAUUCCUGGACUUAUCCCUUUUCCGCCACAGAGGCUUUUUGCUAUACCUCUCUGGUAAUGUGGUUAUGUUUUUUGGACUAUUUACACCUUUAGUCUUUCUUAGUAAUUAUGGCAAAAGUCUGCAUUUCUCUAGUGAGAAGGCUGCCUUCCUUCUUUCCAUUCUGGCUUUUGUUGACAUGGUAGCCAGACCUUCCAUGGGACUUGUAGCCAAUACAAGGUGGAUACGGCCUCGAGUUCAGUAUUUUUUUGCAGCUUCUGUUGUUGCAAAUGGAGUGUGUCAUAUGCUAGCACCUUUAUCUACCACCUAUGCUGGGUUCUGUGUCUAUGCGGGAUUCUUUGGAUUUGCAUUUGGGUGGCUCAGCUCAGUAUUGUUUGAAACACUGAUGGACCUUGUUGGGCCCCAGAGAUUCUCCAGUGCCGUGGGAUUGGUGACCAUUGUGGAAUGCUGUCCUGUCCUUCUUGGGCCACCGCUUUUAGGUAGUCUCAAUGACAUUUAUGGAAACUACAAAUACACAUACUGGGCAUGUGGCAUAAUCCUUAUUGUCGCAGGUAUCUAUCUCUUCAUUGGCAUGGGCAUCAAUUACCGACUUAUGGCAAAAGAACAGAAAGCAGAGGAGAAGAAGAAAACGGAAAGUAAAGAGGAAGAGACCAAUGUAGAUGUUGUUGAGAAGCCGAAAGAAGCUAAAGCAGCAGAAUCCCAGGAGCAGAUAGGUACAGAAGGAGACCCCAGAGACGAAGUUACAGCUUGAACCCAUGGCGCUGAAGGGUAAAUAGAGCAGCUUAUGACCCAGGAUACCUGAAAAUAUUCUACUGGCCUGUAUUCUACCAGUGGUGCUCAAUUGCAGACAGUGGACAUUUGUGUGGAAAUCAUACCAGGUGUUCAUUGAUGGAAUUUUGUUUCACUCCUUACUAGUAGUCUGAAUUUAAAAAAUGUCGUAUCCUUUGGGGAGAGAGUGGUUGGUAAAAGAUGAGGGAAGGAAGUAGUUUUUUGUUUGGUUUUUAUUUUGAUUUUAGGUUUUAACAGUGUCAUGAAGAUUAUAAUAUGUGCCUUAAGUUUUAGUCUUUAGAACUCUUUAGGGAGCCUUAACUUUUUAAACCAUCUGCUGAAUUUCCCUACUUUAAGUGUCACAUUAAAAGGAGAAAUAACAACCAACUUGUUUGAGGCAAAUCAAAAAUUCAAAAUUAAUCUUUCUCCAUUGUUACUCAUAAUACAUUGCCAGACAUAGUCACUGAAAGAUUGAUGGAUAGAAAUUCUGGUUAAAAAUUGGUUUUAUAAAAUAUUGACUAUAAUAUUUUCCAAGCAUCAAUAGUUGCCUGGCACAUGUGCCUGCUUAGCUAUGUGUUUAGGAAAUUUAAAGCAUAAAACUUUGGAAACAUCUUGGCUGCUCUAGCCACAUUGUACUCAAAAACUGUUCUCAGGUUCCUUUUCCUGGGAUGCUUAUUAGAAGUCAAGAGCUCGAGGGUUGUUUUCAUUGAAUUACUACUUUUGCUUCCCAUUUUGAGUGGUUAUACAAAGGCUGGUAUUACUUUUCUCACCACAAAAGUUAGUAUUAAAAUCUACAAAACUAUGUGUUUGUGCCUCCUUAAUAAAUACACCACAUUUAAUUAAAUUUAGACAUAUUUCAAACAGCAGCUGUGUUCAGCUUAGGUUUUCCCAAAAAUCUCAAACUGUGAGACUAUUGGAAUCUUUUUUCCCCUGAAAGUUUUCCCCUUUGAUUCAUAGUGAUUCCAUUUAUAUCUGCUUCCAGCUUAAAGCUCUGUGUGAGAUAUUCAGUCUUUGUUGUUUUUUUUUCAAUAUUUGCAAAUUAAACAGGGCCAGAGAUAUUUGGCUCCAGGAAAACCAAUAAGGAUAAGAUUGGGAGGGAAGUUGCUAAGUGUGCUUAGAUUCAAUAAAUAACUUUUUUUUUUUUUUUCUGGGAAGGCCUUAAAGAAAAUUAUGUUUUGCUUCGAAUCAUUGGACGUAUUCUCACUCUCCAUGCAAACCUAAAAAUUUUGUGAGCCUCUUUACCUAGCUGAAAAGUAGAGAAAGGGGUUCAGUAUAAGGAUAGGAGGGAGGGCGGACCAGAAGGAAAACUGUAAAUAUUUUUAACCUAAUGUCUUUUAAAUUGAGGCAAGAAGAUAUUUGAUAGACAUUCAGUGAAUUUAAAAUAUCAUUGUAAUUUACAGAGUGAAAGUAUAGAUACAAAAUCUUGUGUAAAAGGCUGACUUUUUCAAAUAAAGAUUUUUAAAAAAAU